CCGCUGCUGCUGCUGCUGCUCGCGCUGGCAGCUCGCGGGGGUUACGCUGCGCCCGCGCCCCGCGCGGAGGACCUCAGCCUGGGAGUGGAGUGGCUGAGCAGGUUUGGCUACCUGCCCCCCACGGACCCCACGACGGGGCAGCUGCAGACGCAAGAGGAGCUGUCGAAGGCCAUCACCGCCAUGCAGCAGUUCGGGGGCCUGGAGGCCACUGGCGUGCUGGACGAGGCCACCCUGGCGCUGAUGAAGACCCCGCGCUGCUCCCUCCCUGACCUCCCCACCACGGCCCCCGGUCGACGGAGGCGCCAGGCCCCCACCCCGACCAAGUGGAACAAGAGGAACCUGUCCUGGAGGGUCCGGACGUUCCCACGGGACUCGGCCCUGGGCCGCGACACGGUGCGGGCGCUCAUGUACUACGCCCUCAAGGUCUGGAGCGACAUCGCGCCACUCAACUUCCACGAGGUGGCGGGCAGCACUGCCGACAUCCAGAUCGACUUCUCCAGGGCCGACCAUGACGACGGUUACCCCUUCGAUGGCCCCGGCGGCACGGUGGCGCACGCCUUCCUCCCCGGCGACCACCACGCCGCGGGGGACGCCCACUUCGACGACGACGAGGCGUGGACCUUCCGCUCCUCGGAUGCCCACGGGAUGGACCUCUUCGCGGUAGCGGUCCACGAGUUCGGCCAUGCCAUCGGGCUGAGCCAUGUCGCUGCCGCCCAGUCCAUCAUGCGGCCGUACUACCAGGGCCCGGUGGGCGACCCGCUGCGCUACGGGCUGCCCUACGAGGAUCGAGUGCGCGUCUGGCAGCUGUACGGCGUGAGGGAGUCUGUGUCCCCCACUGGACCCCCAGAGCCCGAGGAGCCGCCUCCCCUGCCAGACCCGCCGGACAACCGGUCUAGCGUCCCGGCCAGGAAGGACGUGCCUCACAGGUGCAGUGCACACUUCGACGCGGUGGCCCAGAUCCGCGGGGAAGCCUUCUUCUUCAAAGGCAAGUACUUCUGGCGGCUGACCCGGGACCGGCACCUGGUGUCACUGCGGCCGGCGCAGAUGCACCGCUUCUGGCGGGGGCUGCCGCUGCACCUGGACAGCGUGGACGCCGUGUACGAGCGCACCAGCGACCACAAGAUCGUCUUCUUCAAAGGAGACAGAUACUGGGUGUUUAAGGACAAUAACGUAGAGGAAGGAUAUCCACGGCCCAUCUCCGACUUCAGCCUCCCGCCGGGCGGCGUGGAUGCCGCCUUCUCCUGGGCCCACAAUGACAAGACUUAUUUCUUUAAGGACCAGCUGCACUGGCGCUAUGAUGACCACAUGCGGCGCAUGGACCCCGGCUACCCAGCCCAGAGCCCCGCGUGGAGGGGCCUCCCCAGCGCGCUCGAUGACGCCAUGCGCUGGUCUGAUGGUGCCUCCUACUUCUUCCGUGGCAAGGACUACUGGAAGGUGCUGGAUAGCGAGCUGGAGGUGGCACCUGGGUACCCGCAGUCCACGGCUCGGGACUGGCUGGUCUGUGGGGACCUGCAGGCCAGCAGCCACGAGGGUGUGGGCUCGGACCGUGAGGACAGGGCCCACGCCCAGCCGGGCCAGCACGACCAGAGCCGCUCCGAGGAUGGGUACGAGGUCUGCUCCUGCACCUCCCUCGCCUCCCCGCUCCCCAAGGCCCCGGGCACGCUGCUGGCCGCCACAUUGCUGCUGCUGCUGCUGUUGUUGCUGCUGCCGCCGCCGAGCUUCCCGUGGACAGCAGCCCAGGCCCAGGCCCUAUGA